CUCUGUCGCAGUUCUACCCAGCGGCUGGGCUGCAACGUCGGAACCGCUGCUCGUGGCGCCGAUCCGCGCCCCCAUACUGUCCCCACGCGCUCCGCUCGACUUUGCAGCCGCGUCGCCCGAACCGGCGCAUCUGAACCGCCUGACCCAAGGUCACGAACGAUGCCGCUCGCCGGAAGACUCGGGGAGAUAGAAGACAUCCUCGCGUUACAUGAAGAGGCGGCGGCCGAGCAGGCUAGCGGCGCGACCCAUUGCGUGUUUACGCAAGUCGCGUGCCGCGCCAAAGUCGGCUUCGCGAUAUAUGAGUUGCAGCUUUUAAGUAAGGAUGGCACGCACUCGGGAUCGAAGUUCGCCGCGAGGUGCAAGGAACUCUUUGGGGAGAAAUUCGAAGAUAACGAAGCCUGGCUCUCGAAGUGCGCCUCGCACGUGGGAGGGAGGUAUGGAGGUAUGAAGAGGUUCUGCGAAUUUUUGGAGGACACGGACAUCAAGAUUGGGUGUGGCUACAAAUCUAUCCAGAACGCGAUCAACUAUUUCCACACGCUCCUAGAUGCCUUUGCAGAGAAGUCGCCGGUCGCCUCCCAGUACCUGGCUUCGGACGUCCGCGUGUGCUACUAUGAUUACAAGAUGCCCGGUUUCGUGGAAGCCUUCGCCUCGUGCAUGGCGGACACGUUCGACUUCACGAAGCUGACGGAACUAGUAAAGUACUGCGAGGAGCAGCAGAAGGCCGCCGCGCUCGUGACGCUCUCUGAUCAAGCCGGGUGCCCGGUCUCCGCGCUCGACGGCUGGGACGCGAAGGUAUUAGGUCAUCCUCAAACGUACUGGUUCCGAGACCCGAGCGGCAACGAGUACGUUUCGCUCGAGGCGGCCGCCGAGGCCGCCGCCUCGCUCCUCUCGGAGUCGGAGACGGAGUCGUCGUCGAACAAGCGCAGUCGGCCGGACGAUGAUGCCGACGACGCGCCGUCCUCGAAGCGCCUGCGGGGCGGCGGCUAUGACAAGCACUCCACGCUCGUUCGGGUCUGCAAAAGGGCCGGCAUCACGCACACGGACCAGAUGGACACGGCCGAGCUGGAGCAGAAGAUACGCUUCUGGGUCGCCGCGCACAACCCGCCGUCCGUUCCGCUCGCGAAAAUGGCGGCUAGGAUGGCGGGCGCGGGGAGCAUGCUCGUUUUGGCCAUCGAAGCCGUGGUGUAUUAUUCUUGAUCGCAUGUCGUGGUGCGAACGUGUCU